AUGGAAAACGCAAAGAUGAAAGAUACAAUGGAAUUGCACCAAGUCAACUCCGAUCCCAAAGUGUCCGCCAAUGCGGAUGAUGCUCGGCUUGCGCAGCUUGGACAUGUCCAGGAACUUGAGCGGCAGUAUUCAUUGCUGGCAUUGUGCGCAUUGUGUGUAUGUCUGAUGGGAACAUGGGAAGCUCUAUCAUCUGUGGUAGCAACUGCUCUCGUGAGUGGGGGAGCUCCGUGUUUGUUUUACAACUUACUCCUUUCAACCGCCUGUACCGUCUGUGUUGCCUGCUCCCUUGGAGAGAUUGCAUCUAUCUACCCAACCGCCGGAGGACAAUAUCACUGGGUGGCGGCCUUGUCACCGGCAUCUACCCGUUCUGGGGCAGCUUUUGUGACUGGUUGGAUCUCAGUCGGCGGACAGGUCGUCUUGACUUGCUCUGCCGCUUUUGCUGCCGGGCUUCAGAUCCAGGCAUUGGUUAUCCUUAACGAUGACUCGUAUAUUCCGGAGAGGUGGCAAGGAAUGCUGUUCUACUGGGCUAUUCUUGUCUACGCCAUGGUGCUGAAUAUCUGGGGCCACAAGCUUUUACCCACAGCAAAUAAUAUUUCUGGCAUCCUCCACGUUGCUGGGUUUUUUGCCAUUCUGGUUGUUCUUGGCUGCAUGGCACCAAAGAAUAGUGCCUCGGAAGUCUUUACCGAGUUCGUCAACCGAAGUGGCUGGUCGAGUGAUGGUGUCUCAUGGCUCGUCGGCUUGCUAAGCGCGGUCUAUCCUUUCCUUGGAUACGACGCCGCAUGCCAUCUCGCCGAAGAAAUGCCUAAUGCCAGCCGAAAUGUCCCCCUUGCUAUGGUUGGUAGCGUGUCCGCCAACGGGCUGAUGGGCCUUAUUUACGGAACCAUGUUGCUGUUCUCAACUGGCCCUCUCGAGGAGCUACUGGCAACACCAACCGGCUUUCCCUUCAUGCAGAUCUACCUUGAUGUGACCAAGUCCCAUGUCGGCGCAUCAAUAAUGUCCUGCAUGAUCACGUUGACAGCCAUCGCAGCAACCGUUGCCGGCGUCACCUCCACAUCCAGAACCCUUUGGGCUUUUGCACGAGACAAGGCAACCCCAUUCCACGGACUGCUCAGCCAGGUGAAUAAGAGCCAUCACAUCCCGAUCGCCUCUAUUGUGCUGGUCACGGUCUUGCAGAUGGUACUGGGCUUCAUCUAUCUUGGCAACUCAACUGCCUUCAACGCCAUUCUGUCCAUGGCCAUCAUCGGCAUGUACGCCAGCUACAUCCUCCCCAUCGUGUACAUGAUGAUCUUCGGCCGGCGCAAGCUGCGCAAGUCCGACUACGGGCCGUUCCAGCUUGGACCCAUACUGGGCCCUGUGCUCAACGUUGUCAGCCUGAUUUGGAUGACGGUGGUGAUCAUCUUCAGCACCUUCCCCAGCGUUAUGCCCGUGACGCCAGCAAACAUGAACUAUUCUAUUGUAGUCUUGGUAGGAUGGCUGUUCUUCGGGGUCACAUACUACCUGCUGGUUGGAAGGAAGAAGUUCCAAGUGCCAAUGCUGGGUGAGAAUGUCGUUGACGGCGUCUCUGUUCCUGCGGAUAAACCAGUAGCCGGAGAGUGCACGAGUAAAUGCGAUGAUGCUUGA